AAGAAGAUGAACCCGUGAUAUGAGUAAUGCAAUCAUAAGUUGAAAACAAACAGUAAACUCAAAGGCAAAUAUGACAAAACGACACAACGAACAAAUCAAAACUCUGUUUGAUUAUCUUGUCCACAUUUUUUCCACAUAUCAUCAAUGCUUCUUCAACCACAUUCACUCUGUAGCAUAACCUCACUCUCUCUCUCACACACACAUUCACAUAAACCUUACUAAUCACUAUUCAUUCUCUUUCCUUAAGUGUCAACUCAUAAAAAACCACAAAAACCUAACAUUCUUUCAGCUUCUUGGUAAAAAAAAAAUGACAAAGAAGAAGAAAGACGACGACUUUAAGCUCCUCUGUUUGAUCUUGUUUCUAACUAGUUCGAUUCAGACAGAUGCUUCCUUUGGUGUAGGAGGCGGCGUUGGGGUCGGAAUAGGCGGUGGUGUUGUCGGCGGCGGUGGAGUUUGGAUUGGCGGCGGUAACGGGAACACCGUUCCAACAACAGCUCCAAACAGCGCGGUUUACAAUGCUCUUCAAGCUUGGAAAGCCGCCAUUACAGAUGAUCCUUCCGGUGUUCUGAAGACAUGGGUUGGUUCAGAUGUUUGUUCUUACAAAGGGGUUUUCUGCUCUGGUCAGUCUAUAACCGCCAUAGAUCUUAACCAUGCAAAUCUCAAAGGCGUCCUCGUGAAAGACCUCGCUUACAUCUCCGACCUCAACAUUCUUCAUCUCAACAGUAACAGAUUCUACGGCCAAGUCCCAGAGUCCUUCAAAGACUUGGACUCUCUCCAGGAGCUUGAUCUCAGCAACAACAGACUCUCAGGUCCUUUCCCUUUAGUCACAAUCUACAUACCAAACCUGGUUUACCUCGACCUCCGGUUUAAUAGCUUCUCAGGGUUCCUCCCUGAAGCUCUCUUCAACAAGAGACUAGACGCUAUCUUCCUCAACAACAACCAAUUCGAAGGAGAGAUCCCCGGGAACCUCGGAAACUCUCCUGCUUCUGUGAUCAAUCUCGCUAAUAAUAAGUUCUCCGGCGAGAUUCCGACGAGUUUCGGCCUCACCGGUUCGAGAGUGAGAGAGGUUCUGCUGUUGAAUAACCAGUUAACCGGAUGCAUACCGGAAUCUGUAGGAAUGUUCUCGGAGAUUGAAGUCUUUGACGUGAGCCACAACUCCUUGAUGGGUCAUGUCCCCGACACGAUCUCAUGCCUGUCGGAGAUUGAAAUUUUGAAUCUUGCUCACAACAGAUUCUCCGGGGAGGUUCCUGACUUGGUCUGCUCGUUGAGGAGCCUGAUAAACCUCACGGUUUCGUUCAAUUUCUUCUCCGGGAUUAGCUCCGAGUGCUCAAGAGUUAGCUUCGGGUUUGACUUCGCCGGGAACUGUAUCCCCGGGAGAAACUCGCAGCGGCCGGAGCCUGAUUGCUCUGGUUACUCCGGCGGCGCGAUGAGCUGCUACAGGACGCCGUUGCAGCCUCUGGCUUGCGCUGCGAUAAGCAUCGGACUCAAAGAGAAGUUCAGUCGCUACACUUCGUCUAAUCCAUGAGUGUUAGUUUAAAGUUAGAAACCGUUGUAUGUUUAGUUAAAGUUAGAAGCUUUUUGAUUGUACCGUUGAAGUUGUUGAUCACCCUCUUGUAUUGGUGAUUAGUGCAUUAAUCAAGGUUAAAUAAAUCAUACAUGAGUUGUUGUUGUUA